AUGUCAAGCUCCAUGGAGCCACGGCCACUCACGUCGGCCUUUGAAAGCCCAACAUUUGAUGAGGAUAGCUCUUUCCAUGUCGAACAGCCUGUUGGAUCUAUGACCAUCUCCCCAUGUGGGCGUGAUGUGGUACUGGCUUCCAAGGAAGGUCUUCAUGUCAUUGACCUGGACUCGCCCUAUUCUCCGCCCCGAUACCUGCCUCAUCAUACACCAUGGGAAGUCGCCGAUGUGCAAUGGUCCCCAUUCGCUUCACGUGAUUACUGGGUAGUUAGUACAUCAAACCAGAAAGCUUUGGUCUGGAAUUUGGCCAUGAAAACAUGGCAGAAUUCCAUUGAAUACGUACUACAUGCGCACUCUCGAGCUAUUACCGACAUUAACUUUCACACCUUUCACCCGGACAUUCUCGCCACAUGCGCCGUCGAUAGUUUUAUUCACUGCUGGGAUCUUCGUACUCCCUCUCGCCCGGUUAUCUCGUUCUCUGAUUGGUUCACUGGUGCAACUCAGGUUAAGUGGAACCGACAAGAUCCUCACGUUAUUGCUAGCUCCCAUGAUCGAUUUCUUCGAAUCUGGGAUGACCGUAUGGGCGCAUACCCGAUUCGUUCAAUUGAAGCACACGACACAAAAAUCUAUGGUGUUGAUUGGAACCGAAUCCGACCAGGCGCGCUGACGACAUGUUCACUCGACAAAACGAUCAAGUUCUGGGAUUAUACAUCUGAAGGCGAUAUACCAGAGAAGACGAUUCAAACACCCUUCCCUGUCUGGCGAGCCAGAAAUACACCAUUUGGAUUUGGUGUUCUAGCGAUGCCCCAGCGAGGAAACUCCGAUCUCCACCUUUACAGUCGCAGAGCUGUUGAAGACAGCAACCCUGGCGAAGAGUUGCCUUUAAUUCACAGUUUCCCUGGGCAUAAAGGCCAGGUGAAGGAGUUUUUGUGGAGAUCACGUGGAGGUGUGACUGAUGGUGUUGAUAAUCGAGAUUUCCAGCUUGUUACUUGGGGAACUGACAGAGAGCUUCGCCUGCAUCGCGUGAACCCUGAGAUUUUGGAGCAUGUAGGGUAUGAGAAAGGCAAAAGCUUCAUUUCUACUCGAGGUGUGACACGUUUAGGCGCGGUCUAUCGAAGCUUUAGAGACGUAAAUUCCGAGUUGGAUAUAGAUGAUUUCGACACGGCAUCAUCCAUUCAUCAACCGCUCUCAAAUAGCGGCUACCCGGGUGGACCAGGCAUGAAUGCCAUAUCAAUCCCGCAUUCUCGUGGGUACACGCGGAGUACUCGCCGCGAAACACGAUUUGGCAUGCAGCCACGAUCGAACCUGAGAGCUGACACAAAUCCCAUUUCCUGGAUGCGUGGAGUGAAAAUCUCGGGCUGGGAUAUCGAAACCCUCGGAGACGAGAUCAGCCAUGUUGGCGAAAGAUUCACCAAAGUAUCAUUUGAUUCGGUUGAUGUCCGGCAAAGAAAAAUUUCAAUCUCUCUGACUGGGCCUUGGGGUGCUGAUGGAAGCUCAUUAUUUCUCAAAGUUGACAUAAAGUUUCCAGUUAGCUAUCCCAAAACCUCGAUUCCCACCUUUAAGUUUCAAAAGACAGCAUCUGUCACGGAUGAGUUUGCCCAAAAGGUCACAGCUGGGUUGAAGACAAUUGCUGAGACUCACAUGUCGCAGAAACGUGGAUGUCUAGAAGGGGCUGUUCGUUAUCUUCUUGGAGAGAGUACUCUGGAAGAAAGCGUUGCAUGGAUAGUAGACGAAAUUGAGGACAAUACCAAAUCUCCGGUUGAUGGCGAGCUAGAGGGCGAAUCUAGCGACGAAGAUGAAGUUGGCAUGACAAAGAGCCAGGAAUUAGGGAUGAGUUCGGAGCUUCUUCGACCAGUGAAUGCCAACGUGAUGGUACCGGUUGCUAAAGGCUGCGGUGCACUUUGGGCAAACGAUGGCCGUCUGGACAAAGCAACAGAUUUCUUUGAGAAUAUUGGAUUCAAAGAGAUGACUAGACUUUCUAGGACAGACAAGGUUUUUGAAGGUUUCGGGCGAUUGCAGACUAGCUCUCCGGGCCCACGCAUGACCUCUGGUACAAUCGCGAGCACAGAUGAUGGUGCAUCUGAGUACUCCGAUGAUUCAGGCUCCGAGACUUCGAGCUCAUCAGGCUCUUCUGCUAUAUUAUCCGGACUACCGACCCGGUUUCAACCGCCACAGACAUGGCGUAGUGCUGGCAGUAUGGGUAUAUAUCGACCACGGUCGACAGAUCAAUCCCAGCGAUCCACCGGUGGUGCUGCAACAACAGAAUCAGCUGAAAAGCCUCGGAAUUAUAUCUCAAUCCAUGAUUUGAGUGAAUUGCUGCCGGUCAGGCGUGAACUCGCUAGCAAAUACCGCAUCUGUGGCAAAGGAACAGACGUGUGUGCACAUAAUGCCGCUGUUGCCCUCGAUGCGGGCUGCUAUGAAUUGUCUCAAAUAUGGGGUCUUAUUAAGCUCAUUUUGCAGGUUCGAAAAAAAUCACCGAAUCUGCGCGAUACAAGAAUGGAGUUGAAGCGCGCUUUCAAGGGCGACCAUGCAAUGAAUGGGAACCAGACUCUCGAGAAAAAGGAGCUCUACAAAGAGGUUGCUGGAAGUGUCAUUCGCUGGGGUAAUCAUCCCAUGGGCAGUCAUUGGCUAGUCCCUGCAUUAUUUGAACACUUCGAGCGCAUCGGGGAUGUGCAGAUGGUUGCAAUGUUAUCCUGUGUUCUCCUCGAGACGAAUAUGGAAGGUCGCCUAGAGAAUGACUCUGAUGAGCUCGCCGAAGAGGAUUAUUCACUGGAAUUAUCAUCAGUUACAUCGACAGUGCAGACUGUGCAAACCGUGCAGACCGCGCAGAACAAAUCUCAAGGCCCAACUCCUGCUUCAUCCACACCCAAAGAACCCCGUUCACAUCCUCACUCCGCAUUACGUUCACCCAACGAAGCCUGGCGGCUGGAUUCCCCCUCUCCCUUUUCCUCAGGCUCAACUCCUCCUUUCGCCUCUCGUCCGCGAGGUAUUGCCACCAAUCGAAAAUCUUUUAGUCAAAAUGUACCCAUGGCGAUUUCUCCAGACCAACAGUCUCAUCCACGAAGUGGAUCUGGAUUUGGAUCCGUCCUUGCUUCGUCAUUCUCUCGCUCAUUUACCUUUGGACCGUCGUCGGCAUCGCCGCCGGUGAUCAAGAAACUAAGUCCCGGAGAGAGCCUGAGUAUGACAACAACUCAAAUAGCUCACUCUGACACUGAAAGUGACCAACCCGCUCAACCACCCAAAUCGGCAGCCCGAUUUAAAGUUACAUUCAAAAACCAAAGCGCAUUUGACAGUAACAAGGCUGCGUCGGCUUCCCUCCUUGAUCGCAGCAAGGAGUGGCUGUAUCAGUCGUACCGUGCCGCGUACGCUGAAUUACUACUGACAUGGGAUCUCCCAGUGCAGCAAAGUGAAGUCCUAAAAAUUGGUUCGGUGGUUGAUCAUGCUGAGGAUAUGCACAUGAGUCAGUACUGGAGCAGUAGCAGUCCCAAACGAGACUCAUUUGAAGAGCCAAAUUCGGGUCAUGUGGCGCCGCAUUUCGAAGGCCUUGGUUUCCAGCGUCACUGUGCCAAUUGUGGGCAUGCUUUACAGAUUUCCAUUUUCUCCACGACAACUAUGGAAAUAGGCACCCCAUCCAAACGCCAUGGGCGAAAGCCUUCCAUCAGCUCUUGUGCUCACUGCAAACCUCGGCAGCCAUUGCCCACCAAGCUCCCUUGCAUCAUCUGCGGGGAAGUGGUGGCUGGGAUGCUGGUUCCGUGUCUUAGUUGCGGUCAUGUUUGCUGCUUUGACUGCCAUCAACGCUGGUUCCUUCGACCUGCCGAUCAAUAUGAUAGUACAGACCCUACCGAGGGUAUGGAUCCCAAGCUUCCGCCAUGUCCCACCGGAUGUGGCUGUCGUUGCUCAGAGCAUGUCGCAGCAGAUGUGCCUAUGCCAUCGUUAGAAUUAUUGUCUCCUCGUAUGAAAAGCCCUGUAAGUUCUACUAAGAGCCACUCAUAUGACAAACGUCAUCGUCGCCGUCAAUCAGAACCUGGGUAUAGUUCGGGUGAGAAUACUCCCAGUAUUCGCAGAAUUGGAGCGAUUCCAACAGCACUUGAUCUUUCGAAAGCAUUGCAUGACUCUUCUCCCUUCGCCUCCCUUGCACGAGGCAUGGGCGGUGGAGGUAGUCCGGGUCUGCCAAUGCGAGACCGGAAGAAGAAUCGCUCUGUAGCAAUCAACUCUCCCAAGGGCAGAUGA